AAUAUUCUCUGCAGAAAAUGGCUGGUGCUUUGGAGACUGAUCCGAUCAAUCAACUUCAUGAAAAUCUACAAUGUACUGUAUGUCUGGAGCCGCUAAAAGACCCGAAAACUCUUCCUUGCUUCCACUCAUUCUGUAAAGAUUGUUUGGAAGACGUUGUGAAAACAUGUCGUGAUAAAGCACCUCGCGGUCGACCAGCUCGAGACAUUCCGUGUCCAUAUUGUCGAGAGAUAUUUACACUCGAUCCUGACAAAAAUGUCGCCGACAUGAGAAGAAAUCAUUUCAUCUGCAACAUUGUAAAAGCGACAGCCGUACUCAACCGAGAUCGAGGAACUGGCGUUCCGUGUUCACAUAAUUGUAGUCAAAGCUACUCAGUCGCUCGCUGUGUCACUUGUGAGAAAUUCUUAUGUCGAGAAUGUCUGACAGACCAUAACAAAUAUCGAGGGAAUGCCAGUCAUUCUGUUCUGACGAUGGAAGAGUUGUCGAAGCCGGAGAAUCGUAAGAAAAUUAAGGACAAAAUAUAUUGUAAUGAACAUCCGGGCGAGAUAUUGAAAGUUUAUUGUGAAACCUGCGACCAGCUGAUUUGCAAGGACUGCAUGGAUUUUAAACACGCGAAGGAAAAUCAUUCAUGUUUUCUCGUUAACGAUGUAGUUAGCAACUAUAAGAAACUGUUGACUUUAAAUAACAAGGCAAUGGAUGGUGUUUUAAAUGAAGGUAAUGCCAUUGUUCAACAGUUGACAAAUACGGCUGAAAUACUUGAUCGAGAUUCUAAGCUUACUAAAACUAAAAUUGUAAACAGAAAAGAAUCGAUUGUUAACAAAGUCGUUGAAAUGUUGAAUAAACACACUGAAACGCUCUUGAAAGAAGUCGAUCAACUUCACAAAGAAAAGAGGGAAGUGUUGGACGGACAGACCAAAAAAACAAAGCAGUAUGUGGAGAACGUGCAAAGAUCUGUUCAACUUUCAAAGAAAUUAGUCGAGGAAGGCACCGAAGAAGAAAUAAUUUCCUCUCAGAAAAUGAUGCUGAAGAGCGCAGAUAAUCUUCUAAAGAAACGUCAGGAAUACUUUGAACACGUGACCGUUGAAAAAUUGAAAUACACGCUUUCUACCAAAGAUGAACCAUCAGACGAAGAGAUUUCAAGAAUGCUGGCGAGAUGUUUAGGGAUUAAAGAUGGAGAGCCAAAGCUGUGGAAUCCACAAAAUGAAGUUGACAUUCAUGGGAACAAGUUGAAAGUGGAGCCUUUCGUGGAGUACGCAGCUUCAGAAAACGUUACUUCUGUGAGUCAGACGUGGUCGAUGGAGGACGAUCAACCACAAGCCACUGAAAAUUCUCUCGCCUCAAUUUCUAUGAAUUUUGACAAAUAUGCAACGAUUAAAAUAUCUGGUGUAUCCAGAUUCUUGAAGGAUCAGAUUACAAAAAAAUUUCUAAGUAAAAAGAAUUCGACUGGUAUUAGUGGCGAUGUGAAAAGACUGUAUGUUUGUCCAGGCGGUCGAGACUAUGUUCUUUUGGAAUUUAGAAAAGAGCCAAAGCUGCGGAAUCCGCAAAAUGAAGUUGACAUUCAUGGGAGCAAGUUGAAAGUGGAUCCUUUCGUGGAGUACGCAGCUUCAGAAAACGUUACUUCUGUGAGUCAGACGUGGUCGAUGGAGGACGAUCAACCACACGCCACUGAAAAUUCUCUCGCCCCAUUUUCUAAGGCGAGAGUGAAAGUGACCGAUGAAUAUUUAGAAAAACUGGAGCAAUGUGGAAUAAAAGAGACGGAGGUUGAAUUAGACGAUGAAGGGUACCUCAUUGGUCCAUGGAACGCCAUUUUCAGAUUUGGACAAUCACUUCGUUCGUCAAUUUUUGGUUUCUCGCAAAGUGACGAUCUGGAAAGCCGUGGUAGUCGUGGAGAACUUGAUACAGCAUCUUCGGUAAGGCAAAAGCGGGCUGCUGAUGAUGAUGGAGAUCAGCCUGUUGCUGAAAACGGUCCUCAAACAAUCCUUGUACAGUCCCUGUUUUAUCACUAUAUAAUGAAAUACCACUAUAAAGAAUUUCAAGCACUUGAGAAUGUAUGUGGAGAAAUAAGCAUCAAAAUACGUAACAAAACAGACAAAACUCUGAUACUUCAUCGCAGUGUUAAUGUUUCCAAAGCUGACUUUACUGCAGCGUUAAGUGAUUUCGUUGAAUUCUACCAAAAGCAAAGUUUUAAAAUGUUCCAAGAUAUUAAAUCUGUGCGAUCGAAAAAAGAGGCAGACGUUAUCUCAGAAGUGAGUUCAAAAUUUCCUGUCAUCGUUGAUGUAACGGAGGAGUCAAGAACAAAGUAUCGUGUAAUCAUCUAUGGCGAGAAGACGAACGUUUAUGACAUGCUUGCCCAUUUGACGACAAGAGAAGUUGACCAACUCAACGAUGUUCCUGCUCGUCCUUCGACGUCAACUACCAGAAAGCCUGGUGAACAGUUCGUUGUUUUUUUCCGUAAUACAAUGAAACUGAUUGUUUAUAAAGGUGAUUUGACCGAGGAGAAAGUGGACGCGAUUGUGAAUCCUGCAAAUGAGCGUCUAGAUCAUUGUGAUGGAGCUGCAGAAGCGAUAUCAAAAGCUGGCGGAAGAUCGAUUCAAGCACAGAGCGAUGACAUAAUGAUUAAACGGCGCGGAAAAGAUCUAGUUGCUGGAGAUGUCGAAACCACCAGUGCUGGAUUUCUUCCUUGUAAAUUCAUCGUGCAUGCUGUUGGUCCAAGACGAAGCCAACAAAAUAGAGAAAGUGCGAGGAAACAUUUACAUGAAGCUGUGAUGAACAGUUUGAAGACUGCAAAUAAGAGUAAGGCUAAAAGCAUUUCAAUUCCUGCCAUCAGCUCCGGUGUUUUUGACAUCCCUGUUGACCUUUGUGCUGGUGUUCUCUUCGAUGCGGCCGAAGAAUUUAUCAAGGAUAGAAGCUUUAUUAAAGAGCUGCAAGAGAUACGAUUUGUAAAUAUUGAUCAAGAUACCACCGACGUGUUCGUGGCUGAAAUGAAGAGACGUUACACGCAGAAUGUCAAAGAAGAGCCGCGAGUUGAGAGUUCAUCAUCAACAACGCAAAGUAGAACCACUCGCAAUGACGCUGAAAGACAAGCUGCUGUUACGAAUCCUUUGAAGACCCCUUCGCGUGACCGAAGUGAGCGUGCCGAUGCGAAAGCCAAUUCUAGUGAUGAAAAAUGCGGAAUUUGUCUGUGUGAUUUCACAGACAAGAAGACACUAAGUAAAUGUGGUCAUUCUUUCUGUGCUGCCUGUAUUGAUCGAGCAUUCCAGUAUUCGAAAAAGUGCCCAACUUGUGGACUGGCGUACGGAACCCUUGUUGGAAAUCAACCUCCAGGAAAAAUGACUGAUUACUCUAAUAGCGCACGAUUGCCUGGGUAUGAUUCUUGCGGAACUAUCGUGAUAAACUACGCAUUUUAUGGCGGUGUUCAAGGACCAGAACAUCCAAAUCCUGGUCAGCGUUAUCAAGGAACGCAACGCCGUGCAUAUUUACCUGACAACGAAGAAGGACGAAAAGUUCUUAGACUCCUGAGAAAAGCGUUUGACCAGAAACUGACGUUCACAAUCGGACGAUCGUCGACGUCAGGAGCGGAUAACGUCAUCACCUGGAAUGAUAUUGAUCAUAAAACAAACAUAAGUGGAGGAGCAACCAACUCUGGUUAUCCCGACCCAAAUUACCUGAAGAGAGUUCAGGAAGAACUGGCUGCGAAAGGAAUUACAGAAUAAACUGGAGAAACUUUGAACGAAAUGAGUCAUAUCACUUUUUUCGAUACAUUUUAUCUGCACUAAUAAAAUUGCGCACGGGUAC